GCAAGUUCCUCACCCGGCAACGUUCGCUUGGCGGGCUUUUUCGGUCCUCUCGCUGUUGCGGGGCGUUGCCAGAGCUGCUUUUAGGAGUCCGGAGGCCGCGUCAUGGCUUGGAGGUUCAUGAGCAAUUUUGAAUGGGAAUUGGAUCCUGAUAUAUAUGGAGAUCGGCAUUACAAUGCUUUUACUCGAGAAUUUUAUCCCAGCCUAGAAGACCUUGUGGGAUCAGAUGCUACUAUGGUGACUGAAGAAGAUAUGGAUUCAGCUAUCUUAUUUGGAACUCUGAGAGGCAAUGUGGUUGGAUUGCGGUAUUAUACAGGAGUGGUCAAUAAUAAUGAAAUGGUUGCACUCCAGAGAGAGCCUAACAACAUAUAUGACAAGAAUGCUGUAAAAGUAAAUAAUGUGAAUGGAGACCAGGUAGGCCACAUCAAAAAAGAGCUGGCAGCAUCAUUGGCAUACAUCAUGGACAACAAGUUGGCAGUGGUGGAGGGGGUUGUUCCUUCUGGAGCAAAGAAUACUUUCACUAUGCCAGUACAGUUGAGUUUUUGGGGAAAAGCAGAAAAUAAGCAAGCAGUUCUUGAUCGACUAAAAAUGCAGGGCUUUAAAUUAGCUCCUCCAGGAAAAAUUUCAGAAUUUAGCAUUGGGACUAGCAAGACAUAUGGCAAAGCUGGAACAAGUUACAGUGCUCCGAUCCAUGCUGCUGUACAAAUGACAACUGAACAGCUCAAGACUGAAUUUGACAAACUCUUUGAAGAUCUGAAGGAAGAUGAUAAAACGCGUGAAGUAGAAGCAGCAAAGGCUGUUGUAACUCCAUUACUUCCACAUCAGAAGCAGGCUUUGGCUUGGAUGAUUUCACGUGAGAACAACAAGGAGUUGCCUCCAUUUUGGGAAGAGAGGGAAAACUACUUCUACAAUACAAUUACCAACUUUGCUGAAAAAACGCGGCCAGAAAAUGUUCUUGGAGGAAUAUUGGCAGAUGACAUGGGCUUGGGUAAAACACUUACUACGAUAGCUGUGAUACUUAGCAACUUCCAUGGUGGCAAACCUCUUCCUGUUAAAAAGAAAAGUGAUCAACUGAAGAUAUUUCCUAUUAAGAAAUGUGUUCCUGCUGUGAAAAAUGACCAAGAAGCACCCAGAAUUGGCCUGCAGCUGAAUGCUUCUGAUACAAAGGAGAGUGAUCCUCUUCCAUCUCAGUCAUCUAGAACCCAUCCAAAGAGAGCUGUGGGCAAAAAGCCAAAGUAUACAGUAAGCAGUGACUCAGAGCCCGAAGAGCAGAACACACAAAUAAUGGAAACCAAAGUGCAAAAAACGCAUCCAGCAACAAGAAAGAGAAGAAAAGCUUCUUGUGAUAUUCAAGAGGAUAAAGCAUUUGCUUCUGCUCUUGAAGAACCAGCCAUUUCUUCAAAAAAGACAAAGAAAAAAGGUGCCGUUACUACACAGCAUAAGAAAAAUGAAGGUGAAGAGACACUUGGGACAACACUGAUCAUUUGUCCACUUUCUGUCCUAAGUAACUGGAUUGAUCAGUUUGAACAACAUGUGGAUCCAGGUGUUCACUUGAACACUUACGUUUACUAUGGCUCGGAGCGCAGCAAAGAUCCAGCGGUACUUUCAAGGCAGGAUGUUGUAUUAACAACAUACAAUGUUUUAGCUAGUGACUAUGGAGCCAGAGGUAAUAGUCCUUUACACAAAUUAAAAUGGCUGAGAGUGGUGUUGGAUGAAGGGCACACAAUACGAAAUCCAAAUGCUCAACAGACAAAAGCUGUACUGGACCUAGAUGCACAAAGAAGAUGGAUUUUGACAGGCACACCUAUUCAGAAUUCCUUAAAGGAUUUGUGGUCUCUUCUUUCCUUUUUAAAGCUGAAGCCUUUUACAGAUAGAGACUGGUGGCACAGAACAAUCCAGCGUCCUGUCACUAUGGGAGAUCAAGGAGGGCUUAAGCGUUUACAAUCCCUAAUUAACAGCAUUACACUUCGAAGAACUAAAACAAGCAAAGUUAAAGGGAAGCCAGUUUUGAAGCUCCCGGAGCGCAAAGUAUUCAUUCAGCAUAUUACACUUACAGAUGAAGAGAGCCAAAUGUAUCAUUCUGUGAAAAACGAGAGCAUUGCUGCUAUUAGCAGGUAUUUCAAUGAGGGAAGUGUCUUGACCCACUAUGCAGAUGUUCUUGGUGUGUUGGUCAGGUUGAGACAGUUGUGUUGUCAUCCAUGGCUCUGUACAAGUGUGUCCUCAUCCAGCGGUACAGAGGAUAAUAGUACCCCUGAAGAAUUGCGUAAGAAAUUAAUAGAAAAAAUGAAGUUAGUGCUAAGCUCUGGAUCAGAUGAAGAAUGUGCCAUUUGCUUAGAGUCCCUGAACUUUCCUGUGAUAACACACUGUGCCCAUGUGUUCUGUAAACCAUGUAUCUGUGAAGUCAUCCAGAGAGAGAAGACAAACUCCAAAUGUCCUCUUUGCAGGAAAGCGGUUGGAUUAGAAAAUUUAGUAGAAUGUCCUUCAGAGGAACUGGAUAGUGGAAAAAAGCCUGACCAAGAAUGGGUAUCUAGUUCAAAGGUCAAUGCAUUGAUGCAUGCCUUGAUAAAACUAAGGAAGCAAAAUCCAGCUGUUAAGAGUUUAAUAGUUUCUCAGUUCACAAAGUUCCUGACUCUAAUAGAGAUUCCACUAAAGGAAUCUGGGUUUGCUUUUGCUCGUUUGGAUGGGUCUAUGACACGGAAACAAAGAGUACAGGCAAUUCAGCAGUUCCAAAGUAAUGAAGAAGGGUCCCCAACUAUAAUGCUGUUAUCUCUAAAAGCUGGUGGUGUUGGUUUGAAUCUCACAGCAGCUUCACAAGUAUUUUUAAUGGAUCCAUUCAUUGUGAAGAACUCAGUGGAGGAAAACAUGCUGAAAAUCCAGGAGAAGAAGAAAGAACUUGCGACUGGAGCCUUUGGAGCCAAGAAAACUUCUAGUGAAACAAAAAUGAACGAAAUCAAGACUUUGAUGGAUUUAUAACUUGAGAUGUUAGGCCCAGCUAAUUUAAAGACAGCUGAUCUGAUGUUACUUGUUCAAUCAGUGUGUACAUAGCUUUAGAAUUUCUCUGUUAAAUCAUCAUUGGCAUAAGAUGUGCCAUGUAACAAGCAGACUGAUGCAGUUACCAUUAUUAUUAUUAUUAUUAUUAUUAUUAAUUAUUAUUAAUUAUUAUUUUAGGCUGCAUUCCUAAGGCACGGUGGCUCUCAAUUUUAGGACAGAUGAGAACUUUAAUUACUCUCAUUUUUCUGUCUAUCCACACUUCCCUCCUGGCCACCAUUUCCCUGGGAAAUAAAAGAAAGAUUUUUGUUAGCUCCUCAGGUGGAGUAUUCCCCCCCCCCCCCCAGUGUUUGGGGACUGGGUAGGAGCAGGAUUCUUUGGAUCCAAGCCUCUCCUGGCAAGUCCCAAAAUCUUCCUGAUAUGAUACCCACACUUCAGGUAUUAUUGGCAUCAGAACUAACAUUGACAAGGCCAUAGCCACAGAGGUUUUUGCAGCAAUGGUUGUGGGGCAUCAACAUCAGAUCUCCUUUGCUGAAGUACAGGGGGAGAUCCCAUGUAUCCUAUAUUGCCUAGGACUACAGACAUAGGGUUUAGGAUGGUAACUAUCCUGAACAUCUGGACUUCAAAACAUAGUUAAAGCAGUUCUUUAUCAACAUGUUCUUUAAAUGCACUGAUGCCCUUUUAUCAAAUUUUCUUGAACUGUGUUUAGUAUACAAAGGGCAGGUAUUACAUAUAACAAAGAAUACUAUGCUUUAAAGUAGAGUUAAAUGAGUCACCUAGCAGUGUCAUAUUUUAUUUGUGUGUUGGGCAGAUUGACAGUCACAAACACCAACAUGCUUUUGCCUCUGCAGUGAAUGCCAGUUAGAUAACCUAGUUCAUGUGCUCCUGUAACUGUUUACAUCAGUAGAAAAGGAUUGUAAAAUGAGGAUGUGUAUGACCAGAAUUAAGUUCCUUUUUUUUUUGCUAGACUAUAUCCAAACAAUCUUAACUCCUAAAGGUAAAAUAUUUCAUUU